UUCACUUUUUGUGACGUCACGGUCUCACUAAAACCAGAGGCUGCUGAACUUUCUUGUAUUUGUUAUCAGGAUUUCUCCUACAGCACGACUCCGACAGUCUCCCUAACUAUCAGCCGGUGAAUAAAGAGUCAUGCUCCGCUGCAGGAAGUGUCGGAAGGGAAUCAUCGACUCAACAUGUCUGUCAAUGCGAGUUGAGGACACAGAUGAGAGCUCGGCGGCUGCUUGCAGUAUUUGGCAUGUGAACAUUGACACGCUGCCAGAGUGGAUCCUGACCUCGGUAAACCAGGCCCAGUGGACUGUGGGAAAACUAAACUGCCAGCACUGCUCAGCUCGUUUGGGCGGCUUCAACUUCAUCAACCGCAUCGACUGUCCUUGUGGUCUGGAUGCCACCGUCCACCUCAACAAAAGCCGCGUGGAUCGUGACCACAGAAACUGCGUCCUCAUUGUCCAGCCGAGGAGGACGAGGCCUGAGAGGGGACAGACUGGUCUGAUGACAGACAGCUCUCAGAGCAGAGAGCAGAGGCCUGAAUCCAGCCGCACUGCUCUCGACGGUUUACAGCAGAAGUGUGUUGCUGUGAUGUCCUCCAGCAGCCCUGCUGUGUCCUCUCACCCUCCGUCAGGCAGUGAAAACAACCAGUCCUUUUCUUUCAGUCCUCUGAGCUGCAUCUCUCACAGGAGACGCUGCAGCGUGGACGAGGAUGUAGCCAUCAGGUCUUCAUGUUUUUGUCCUGCUGGGCCGUUACACAAGUCUGCUUUAGAGAUGAGGAGUGCGGAGACGGAUGAGUCAACGCGGUCAUCUGUUGCGUAUCCUGUAAGUCAGCAGUUUGACUCUGAUGGAGAAGCCUCAGUCAACACGGUCACCUGCCAUUCACUGGUCUCUGGGAGGACAUGGUCUCCUCUGGAUCAGCAGCUGCUGCAGAGUGUGGAGGACGUCCAGUCUUCUCCAGAGACCACGGACGUCCACGAGGAGGUCUCUGACUUGGCCCUGUUCCUCAGAGGGAGAUCGAUCUCUGACAGUGUAGCAGAGCACGACCAGGAAGAGAUGCCUCAAGCCUUUCCAACCUCCCUGGGUUCAAACAGACUGAGCAAAAGAGAGAAAAACCGCCUCAAGAGUCUGCGGAGGAAGCAGAGGAGGAGGGAGCGGUGGCUGCACAAUCAGCUGGAGCAGGAGCAGGCUGAGAGUGUGAAUGCUUCAGUGUUGGACAGCGAGGAGGAGGAAAGAGAAGGCCUCACCUGCGCCGUGUGUCUGGACAUCUACUACAGCCCGUACUGCUGUCAGCCCUGCAGUCACGUCUUCUGUGAGCCGUGUCUCCGCACGAUCGCCAAGAACCGACCGACAAACACGCCGUGCCCGCUCUGCCGCACGCUCAUCUCACAGACCUCCUUCAGUAAAGAGCUCAACCAAACAGCCAAAACCUUCUUCCCGAAAGUUUACUACGCCCGGAAGCAGACUUUCCAGAAUGCUCCGUGUGCCAAAUGGCCGCUGCCCUGCUGUCGCAAACGCUUCCGGACCUUUUGGGAUCAGAGACACACAGCGAUGGCCGGCAGACGCUGGCACUUUGUCCACGGAGGCUUCACUCUGGGCGCUCUGGACCUCACAGACAUGCGAGGCUGGCUCUUCGACAUCGGCCUGGUCAUAGUCUACAUCCACUCAGUCAACUGGAUCCUGGUUCUGCUGCUCCUCGGCUUCCUGACGUAUUACUUCUUUUUUUUUUAAGACUGUGGAGAGCGGUGCAGGGUUCGAGGAGCAGGUUUCUUUUGUCUUUUAUUCUUUGUGUGUUUGAGGUUUAACCAGUCGGACAUGUUGAUUCCGGAGCAGGAAUCUAAAAGUUUCAGGUUUGAGAGUUGCCAAAAAUGUCUGGGGGGAAGAGUUCAUUACAAAGUAGCUUGUAAAAUACUUGAAAAUAAUUAUACACGCCUCUUUCUUGUGUGUGUAGAGCCGUAACAUACACUGGAGUCAAUCGUACUGAAACGUGUUCCUGAUAUUAUGCCGCUCUUUUAACAAACAUGAGAGGAGUGAAACAUCAGGAGCACGUUUCAUUGCAGCCAUGAUGUUUUGGCUGAUAGGUGUUUAUUUUUUAAGUUCUCAAAAGAGAACUGAACAUGUACAGCUUGAUUUUCUUUUAACUAUCUUGUCUAACAGAUCCUCAAACUUACACACUGCACCUUUAAUUGUAUCAAAGCAAUUACGCACCCAGAGGUGUCUUGUGAUUAUGAGCAAUACUUAUUUCAGACUUACGACACUGCCUGAAGCAGAGUGGCCUCUCUUUCUUUACAUGUCUUUCUUUGGCCUGUGUGAAAACUUGUUAAAGAGAUUGUUUGGAAGUUGUUUUGGUGCACUUGGUUUAGUUCCUGAAGGUUGAGUCCUAAAGUGCUGGAGCCAGGAGAUAAAACCAGACUACCUGAGCUGGACACUGAAGUAAAGAGCUAGUCUGGACUCAUCUAAAGUUGAAUCAAUGAACUGCCAACUAAACCUAGGGCUCAUAAAUAAUCCUUCUGUGUCAAACUGAAGCUGAACUCUUCA